UUUGGCGGGGGCCGGCGCUGGCUUAAGAGGCGGCAACCUUCGGGCGAGUCGAGUCGUACCGUGCCGAGCCAAGUCGAGUCGUACCGUGCCGAGUCUUGCUGAGCCGUGUCGUGCCGAGUCGAGUCGUACCGUGACGAGUCGUGCUGAGUCGUGCCGAGCCAAGCCAAGCCGUGGGGAUGGAAGAGCACUAUACCAAGGCGGAGACCCUCGCCCUGAGGAGGAAGCACAUCGGGCCUUCCUGCAAAGUUUUCUUUGCCAAGGACCCUCUGAAAAUAGUGCGUGCUCAAGGCCAAUAUAUGUUUGAUGAGAAAGGAGAGAAAUACUUGGACUGCAUCAACAACGUUGCACACGUUGGCCACAGUCAUCCAUACGUGAUAAAGGCUGCAACAAAACAGAUGGAGCUGCUCAACACAAACUCCCGGUUCCUGCAUGACAAUCUUGUUCAGUACGCGCAGCGUCUCACAGCCACCCUGCCUGAGAAACUCUCUGUUUGCUACUUUGUGAACUCUGGGUCUGAAGCAAAUGAUCUUGCUUUACGACUGGCUCGGCAGUACUGUGGGCACCAAGAUGUGAUCACCCUUGAAAAUGCUUACCAUGGCCAUCUUACAUCUCUGAUUGACAUCAGUCCCUAUAAAUUUAAUCAGCUGGGAAAGGACAGCAAGAAGGAGUUUGUGCAUGUGGCUCCUUCUCCAGAUAUCUACAGAGGGAAAUACAGGGAAGACCACCCAGAUCCAGCAAGUGCUUAUGCUGAAGAGGUGAAAAAGAUAAUUGAAGAAGCAGAGAAGAAUGGACGCAAGAUUGCUGCCUUUAUAGCUGAAUCCAUGCAGAGCUGUGGAGGCCAAGUAAUUCCACCUGUGGGCUACUUCCAGAAAGUGGCAGAGUAUGUGCGUGCAGCAGGGGGAGUGUUCAUAGCUGACGAGGUCCAGGUUGGCUUUGGCAGAGUUGGGAAGCACUUCUGGGCAUUCCAGCUGCAAGGUGAAGACUUUGUGCCUGAUAUCGUCACAAUGGGAAAGCCCAUUGGCAAUGGGCACCCUAUGUCUUGUGUGAUCACAACAAGGGAAAUUGCUGAAAGUUUUGGUGCCUCUGGAAUGGAGUAUUUCAACACAUUUGGAGGCAAUCCAGUGUCCUGUGCAAUUGGUUUGGCUGUGCUGGAUGUAAUAGAAAGAGAAGAUCUCCAAGGAAAUGCUACACGUGUAGGAAAUUACCUGUUGGAGUUGCUGGCUGAGCAAAAGGAGAAGCAUCCCUUAGUGGGAGAUAUCAGAGGUGUUGGCUUGUUUGUUGGAGUGGAUCUGGUGAAAGAUCAACAAGCACGAACACCAGCUACAGCUGAAGCCCUUCACCUUAUUUACAAGCUGAAAGAACAUCACAUCCUGCUCAGUGCAGAUGGACCCCACAGAAAUAUACUAAAAUUUAAACCACCAAUGUGUUUCACGAUGGAAGAUGCAAAACACACAGUGGAGGCAAUUGAUGCACUUCUCACAGAAAUGGAAGAGGCAACUGGAAUGAAGACAGAAAAUAAUGCAUCUACAAAUGUACAGUGUAAAAGAAAAGCAACUGAGGGGGGGUCUCAAGCAGAAGGUGCAAGUGAAAGCAUCAGCCAUAUGAAUGGAGCUGCCUGCAGACAAGAAAAUGGGCUUUAUUCUAAAAAACGCUCAGUGCCAAGUAAAAGAAUAAGAACAUGAACAGUGGAAGUCUCCUCAUUCAGUCUGAUUUGGUGUCCAGCUUGCUUUUGAGAUGAAGAGUGCAAUAGUCCAAGAUCUGUUUGAAGCCUAGUCCUACCUUCCAUAAACUGGCUGAAUUUCUCUUAGCUUCAGCAGGAGUUUAAAAUCCCUUUUCAGAUACAUGAGAACUGCACCACGUGGCUUGAAAUCUAAAUGUGACAGAAUGGACGAGUGAUACAUAAAUAACUUGGUGCUGAUGGCAGACUUGACAUAGGUACAGAAACUCAGUGAGAUCUGUGGGUUUACCCAUAUUGCACAGAAUCUGAAUUGCUUAACCACCAUACAAGCAAAUGCCAAUUGUAUUAAUUUUAAAAUCAUCUGCCUAACUUGCUAUUUUUACAAUAUUUUAAAUUUCAAUAUGUAAUAUUGAGAUGUUAAUUAAUUCCCAUGUUUUAAUGGCUGAAUUCAUAAAACAAUGCUUGAGAAAUCAUCUAUCAGUGUAACUUGGGUCCUAUGGACCACAUUCCCAGCUGAUGUAAAUUGGUGUGGCUUUUUUAAUCUCAAUGACACUCUACCAAGUGUCUACCACUGUGUGUGUAGAGACAUGAUGUUUAUGCAGGGUAUUCUCACUUUAUGUUCAAAGAAAAUGAAGAAUCUGGAUCCUAAUUUUCUAUGGAUAAAGUAACUUUUAUAGAGAACUAUUUAUAUAAAGUUUUAUGAUUUUUUUUUCCCAAAAAGUUUAUAUAUUGAACCCUUUCAGUCCAACAAAUAUGCAAGUGUGUAUCAUUUCAGACACACUGAUCGAUUUAAUUGAACCUGAGGGUCUCUCAAAAGGAGGUUCCCAGGGACAGCCCAGCUUGCAUUCCCAUGGAUUUCAGUUGCUUUGACAGUCCUGGGAAUUACUGCCUGGUCCUGUUGGAGUAGUGCUGUUACUUUUUGUCAGUGGUGCUGAAGAGUUGCAUGGGAUCCUGACACAUGAACAGCUAUGCUAGCACUUGAGAGAUGACUAAAAUGAGGACCACUGCAUAAAACAUGCAUGCAAUUGCUUUGCAGCCACUGCCUGUCUGUGCUGCAGAUACUUUAGACUGACUUGUCUCUUUUUCAGUAUUAAAUUGCAAGAAGAGCACACAAGCCCUGCUUGUCCUUUUUAAUACAUGUAUAACUCCACGCUAGGGAGGACACAGGGCUUUACUAAUGGUUUGUACUUCAGAUUAAAAAAAAAAAAAAAAAAAAAAAAGGCAAAAUGUAUUUCCUCUUCAAUUUCCAUACCCUAAGUUCUGCUGUUUUGUAAUUGCUGCUAAUGACCCUACUGAUAUGACUGAAAAUUGAGCACCUUAUCUAAUUUCAUUUUUUCUACCAUUUGCUAUAGUAAUACUGAUGUAUCCAGUGUAAUGUCUCCCACCAUCCUCAAGCUGGCUUAUUUUCUGUUGGAUAACCCUGGAGUAAUUCUUCCAUCAAAAUAAAUCUCUUAUCUGUAAUUA